UCUUGACAAAAGAAAACAUUGCCUUGUUUUUUUUUUUUACUGUAUGAACAAAUUGUGGAGUUAUAUCGUUAAAAUGUCUAUUAUUAUGAGUAUUAUUAGGAAUUCAAUUUUCUUUUCGUGAUAUUAAUUUAUUGUUAAUAAUAUCAAAAGUUACAAAAUAAAAAAAGUGUUUUUGGGAUGUAUUGGAGAUGUUCCAAAGUAAGUUACGCAUAUUAUUUGCGUUGCAGUCAUCUCAAGUAUUGUACCAUUUCCAAAUCAGCCAUGCCUUCUAAUGAAGCUGGAUUAGUUGUUGAAAAAUGCUAUGAACCAAGAGUUGUGAUCAAUAAUAAUAAUAAAGCUCCUCGUUUGGUACCAAAAGAAAAGUCUGAAUUUCGUAAAAAUGAAUUAAAUAUUCAAAUGUUGUCUAGUAAUUUAUAUGAUCAACUUUUUAAUGAAUCUCAUAAUAUAGAUGAUAAUGUUUUGCGGACAGCUCUACACGAUUUAUCAAAAUUUGGACUUCCAUCAACAUUACACCCAAUCUCAGAUAUUGAACUCCAGUUACCUCCAUUGGAAGGGAAUAUUGUUGAACAUUUUUAUGAAAUUGGUAGAAUUCAAAGUGAACCUUAUACUAUUUUAAUGAAGGAAUUUUUAAAAAGUUCUAUUCCUGAAAUUCCUAAAAAAUGGGAAUUUAAAGAAGGAUGGACUCGAUAUUUUAAUGGUGUAAUAGAACCUUGUGAUCAUCCUAAAGAAAAAGUAAUGAUUUUUGAUGUUGAAGUAUGUUGUACAGAAGGCGAUUUGCCUACAAUGGCUACUGCUGUAACAUCAGAUGCUUGGUACAGUUGGGUAAGUAAAGAUUUAAUCAAUUGUAAUACCAGAAUAGGUCGAAAUUUGGGUUAUUCUUGUAAAGAUUUAAUCUCUUUAGAGUCAGCAGCUCAUUCUAAAGAAAAAACAACUGAGUGGACAAACUUACCCAAAUUAUGUAUAGGGCAUCAUGUGGCUUUUGAUAGAGCAAGAAUAAUGGAACAGUAUUGGUUAAGUCGUACUGGUCUUAGAUUUAUUGAUACUAUGUCAUUACAUGUUGCAGUAAGUGGUAUUACUAGUUAUCAAAAAGCAUUGUUAAAAUCCAAAAAUAUUAUUGAAGAUGAAUCUUGGCAGCAAUAUAGUUCAUUAAAUAGUUUGAAUGAAGUAUAUAAACUGUAUUGUAAAUCUGAGUUAUCUAAAAGUGAUCGUGAUAUAUUUGUUAAAGGCUCUUUAAAAGAUAUUAUUAAUAAUUUUCAAAAUUUAAUGACUUAUUGUGCAAAUGACGUAAAAGCUACUUCUCAAGUAUUAUAUAAAUUAUGGCCAUUAUUUUGUGAAAGAUUUCCCCAUCCAGUAACUUUAGCUGGUAUAUUAGAAUUAGGUACAUCCUAUUUACCUGUUAAUUCAAACUGGAAAAGAUAUUUAGAUACUUCAAAUGAAAUAUAUGAAGAUUUAAAUAUAGAAUCCAAAUUUUUACUAUCGCAGCAAGCAAAUCAAGCUUGUCAAUUAAUGUACAAUGAUAAUUUUAAAAAAGAUGUAUGGCUUUGGGAUCAAGACUGGACUUCAAAAGAAUUUAAAUUAAAAAAAGAAAAGAAAAAAAAGGCUGAAAUUACUGUUGAAAAUAAACCAAUUAUAGCCGAAGAUAUUUAUGAAGAAAGAUUUUUAUAUUUAGAAAAUAAAUUUAAAAAUCUUAUGAAAACAAAUGAACGUAUGCCAGUAAAAACUCCACAUCUAGCUGGAUAUCCAGAAUGGUAUAGAAAAUUAUGUGCACCACCUAAAGAUCCUAACUGGGUACCUGGUCCUAAUUUAAUAAGUUCAGGUAUGCAUAUAGUUCCUAAGUUACUCUCCCUUAUGUGGAAAUCUAUUCCAUUACAUUAUGUAAGAAACCAUGGUUGGGGACAACUUGUCCCUUACGAAACUGAUAUUAAAAUUCCUAAUGCUGAACUUGUGCCUCUUACUGUACUACAAUUUCAUUGUGUUCAAAAUAAUGUAUCGUGCAGUUGUGAUAUAAAAAUUAGUCCCUCUGAAAUCCAUGAAGACGUUCAAAAAAACUUAGUCAAAUAUGAAUGUAAUUUCAAGAAGAAAUUCAAAAAAAAUAAACCACAGAUUAUAUGUAAGAAUAAUUUUGGAAUUUAUUGUGGCCUUAUAAAACUUCCUCAUAAAGACGGUAAUCACUUGAAUGUAGGUAAUCCUCUUGCGAGAGAUUUUUUAAAUAAAUUUUCUCAAAGUGGGUUAUCUGGAAGAGAUAGUAAAGCAGAGCGAAUAAUUGAAAUAUCACGUAUGUUGUCUUAUUGGAGAAAUAACAAGGAACGUGUUGAAGGACAAAUGGUUGUUUGGACAGAUAAGUCUGAAGGUCGAGGUGCAAUUAUACCACAAGUUGUAGUAUGUGGUACAUUAACCAGAAGAGCUGUUGAAAAAACCUGGAUGACAGCAGCUAAUGCCAUUGAUGAAAGAGUGGGCUCUGAAUUGCGCAGUAUGAUUCAAGCACCUCCUGGUUAUCAUUUGGUGGGAGCUGAUGUAGAUUCCCAAGAACUGUGGAUUGCGUCCAUAAUAGGUGAUUCUUAUUAUGGAAAAGAACAUGGUGCUACUGCCUUUGGAUGGAUGACACUUAGUGGUAAAAAAAGUGAUGGAACUGAUAUGCAUAGUGUUACAGCUAAGACAAUAGGUAUUACAAGAGAUAAUGCUAAAGUAUUAAAUUAUGCUCGAAUAUAUGGUGCAGGCAAGCCUUUUGCUGAACGUUUGUUAAAACAGUUUAAUCCAGACUUAACUACUACUCAAGCAAAACAAAAAGCUAUAGCUAUGUUUAAUAUUACUAAAGGAAAUAGAGUUUUUAAAUUACAUGAUUCAGUUUUACCUGAACUAAGUAAAAGAGAAUACUCUAGAUGUGGAGCUGAAGAUAUUUGUAAAAUUUAUAAUCUCAGUGGUGAAGAACUAUUUCAAAAACCUGUUUGGAAAGGAGGUUCUGAAUCAGCCAUGUUCAAUAGCUUAGAACAAAUAGCUUGUUGUAAGGAACCAAAAACUCCAUUCUUAGAUUCUAGACUUAGUCGAGCUUUAGAAGUUCAAGGGAGUAAUGUGGAAAAAUUUAUUCCAACCAGAAUUAACUGGGUUGUACAAAGUGGUGCUGUCGAUUUCCUUCAUUUAAUGCUAGUCUGUAUGCGAUGGUUAGUCCAUCCUAAUGUGAGAUUCUGUUUAAGUUUUCAUGAUGAAAUUCGAUAUCUAGUUCCUAGUGAAUAUCGUUACCAAACUGCUCUUGCUCUGCACAUAACAAAUUUAUUAGUCAGAGCAUUUUGUGUGAAAAAGUUAGGCAUGACUGAUUUACCUCAAUCUGUAGCAUUUUUUAGUUCUGUAGAAGUAGAUACUGCACUGAGGAAAGAUGCGACAAAUGACUGUAUUACUCCUUCUAAUCCUUAUGGAUUAUCAAAAGCUUAUGGAAUUCCUCUUGGUGAAUCAGUAAAUAUAAUACAAGCUAUUGAACUAUCUGGUGGUAAUAUUGGUGUGUUUAAAAAUAAAAAGCGAAGAAAACUAUAAUUCUAAAGACAUAAAUUGUAGUUGACUAUUUUUAUAAUUAAAUUUUUUUCUUUUUUUGCUAUUAUUAUUAUUAUUAUACCUCUAUUAAAUAAUAUUUUU